AUGUCGUCUUCUACUGGCAACAAGAUGCUUUUGGAGCACCUCCAAAAGCUCACCGUCCAGCAUGAUCACGAGCAGGCCUUAAAGGCCGCGUCGGCUCCCCCCAAGGCUUCCGAUUCAGUCCUUGGCCGCCAGACUACAGUCUUCGAGACUCACAAGCCUCUCGGCAUGUCUUCAUACUCUUCGGAGGACGAUGAGCGUGGUGGCGGAGCCAAGCUCACGGGUCUCGACACACUCGCUGCUGUCAACAACCCGUACGCUCUGCUCGGCAAGGAUACGAUGUCUGACGUUCAUCUUCCGCCUCAUAAGGAUGUCUCUUCCCUUCGAGGAAGCCCUACCUUCGGCCGUCAUUCGCAGGCCGCUGCCCAGGCCUUGCGCCCUACUUCGUCUGCCACAGCCGCCGUCCGGACCUACAAGUAUCCUCCCCAGGAUACCGAUGAGGAAGAUGACGUCUUCCAGGACACCUCGAUUAGCUCAAAGAAGCACCCCGCAGUUGUGUCUUCUGGCUCGUACAGCCUUGGUCAGGGUCAUCUUCAGCAGCCUAGCUUGAAGGGCAAGGGCCUCGCACACCGCGACGAGUACGUCGGCGGAUCUCCCAUCAAGGGCGGCUCUUCCUACAUGCGCAACCCUGUCGACCCUCAGGCGACCUAUCCCACUGGCGCUUGCAUCUUCGUGGCCAAUCUGCCCGAGUACAAAGAUGACAUCACUCUCGAGGCGGCUGUCAUCAAGGAGUUUAAGCGAUUCGGUGUCGUCUUCGUCAAGAUCCGUCGCGAUCCUCAGGGUAUGCCCUUCGGCUUUUGCCAGUUCACUACCAAGGAGAAUGCUGAAGAUGCUCGCGUCAACGGCAAGGGCUCCUUGAUUCUCGGCCGUCCUUGUCGCACUGAGACGGUUCGCGCCAAUCGUACCUACAUCAUCUACCGUCGUGAUGGAACGGACAUCACUAUGGAAGAGGCAAACGAGCUCAUGCGUCCCUUUGGCCCAAUCGAGACCUUCCGCGUCCUUGAUCCUCAGAUCCGGGAUCAGCUUGAGCUUCCCGUCACGAUCAGAGUCCAGUUCGAGGUGUUUGACCCGUCUCAGCAGGUUCUUCGCGCGUUCCGUCUGAACAAGACGUACAAGGUUGAACCUUUCGACUUCAAGAAGGCCAUGCAGGCCAGAGCUCGCAACGCCGACCGCGCUUUCCUUGACUACUAUGAUCGCGAUCGUCGUUCCAUCUUCAUUGGAGACCUUCCUCUGAACUUCACUGAGAACGAUAUCCGCAUCCUAAUGGAGGAUAUCGGCGGUGUAGUCUCGGUUCAAACCAAGCGUCUCGACUACGUUCGUGAGGGUCCCAAGCUCAUCGCUUUCGUUGAGUUCACCAAUGUCUCCUACCCCGACAUAGCCAUUGAGCGCUACAUCCAUCAGAACUUGAACCGCAUCGAGGGUUAUACUAUCCGCGUCGAGCGUCGCACUGAUAGACGUCGCCGCGACGGUGGCAUGCAUGCUCGCAACCAGGGCAAUGGUCACAACUCCGGCUACGGCUCCGGCUACAACGCCUUCGACGCUGACUCCAAUGGCAACAAGCCUCCUUCUACUCCUGCUCGCGAUCAAAGAGACACCAUGGCCAUCGAGGCUGGUCCCUUUAUGUCCAGUGGCCAAGUCACCCAAGGCACUCCUUCCAUGAUGCCCACUACUUCGCACCCUGCCAACCAGGCUGUCGUGAUGGCCCCUACUGCCUUCACUCAUCAAACCGCUCAGUCUAUGCAACAACAUAUGCAGCAACCUGUUCAGUCUGUCCAGCAGCAGGUGCAGGCUAAGAUGCCUCACCCCGGUCAACAUCAGAUGCCCCAGAUGCAGAUGCAGCACCAUGGUCAGCAGUAUCCUGCUCAGCAGCUGAUGCAGAACCAGCAGAUGGCUACCCAAAUGGCUCAGCAGCAAAUGACUCAUGGUGUGCAGAUGCAGCAGGCGACCGGUCAGUCCAUGGGCCAGGCUCCUCUGCAAUACCCCAUGGCCCCUCCUCCCGUCCCUGCUCAGGUUGGCACCCCCAUGCACAACAUGGCCUACAACCCCAACCCUUUUUCUGGCAGCCCCUACUCGCAGGGUCCCGGCUCGUCCUUCGGCUUCGUCACUCCUCAGCAGACCCCCAUGCCCUUCUGGGGUUACGGCCACGGCACUCCUCUCUGGACCCCGUUCCCUGUUGACCCGGCUGCUUUCGCGGCUGCGGCUUUCUCGUCGCCCAUCCGCCCGGCUUGCCACAACAUCGGUGUCGCUUCGCAGUCUGUUCCCGUCCAGAACGAUGGCAGCCAGGUCAACGUCACUCAGUCUGAGCCUGUUAUGACUGACAACAGCCAGGCUUAG